GCCGGAGAUCUAGAGUCGAUUUGUUCAGCUAAAUACAUAUUCUUUGAGCAAUUGGCGUUCAACUUGAGAAUAACUACAGCAAGAUGACGAGCGAAGGCGACUUUUAUACAAUCAAAGAGUUUACUCUCAAUCCCGUUCCACAUCCACCCAGUGCGGAGUCGACGUUGGCGCUGGUGAAGGAUAUCAUCGCAACGAUUCCUGACGGAUGGAAGUUCACAAAAGGCGGUGCAAAUUUUGAGACAAAGGUCUAUUACAAGUAUAUCGGGCCGGAGCUGUGGUAUGCGCGAACUACUAUACACGAUGGCAGCAAACAUCCGUAUGAGUGGUUCAAGCGCACGCUGUACCAGGAUCUGUUCAAGAACAUGAUGGGCUACUUCGAUGUGAUCAAAGAGUACAAGCUGUCGGUAGAGCAGGAACAGGGAUGGCAGGGAUAUAAUCUCAAGUACACGCUACCUGCUCCGUUUGCUCAGCGCGACCUGGCAACGUGGUUACUGCCAAUCAUGCCCGAGGAAGACAAAGAUGAAUUCUAUGUGGUCGCGAUGCCGGCCGAUAUCCCGCUUCCAGAGGACGCGACCACGCGAGGAGUUUACGCCUUUUUCCACCGCGUGAGAAAGCUCGAGAACGGAGACGUGGAGUGGACUUUGGGAACUACGAGUGAUAUGAAGGGAAAUCUGCCACGGUGGGUGCAGAACCUAUCAGUGCCAGGGCUGCUGGUAAGCGACGUGCAGACGUUUGUGGAUUGGAUGGAGGACAACUACAAGCCAAUAAUAGUGCCCGAAGGAGAGCAGACGGAGGAGACCUGAGUGUGUUGCCAAGGUAGGUGUGAUAAGACAAUUGAUAGAAAGAUAACUUGAGCUGUUUUGUGUGGAAACUCGCGUAUGAU